CGAAAGCUCCCUUGAUUGAUUAGCCCUCUUAGAUAACGUCUGAUAGCAUCGUUGACAUCGUUUAUUUGGUGGCAAUAAAUUUAGUUUUAUUGAGCGUGAGUGGCGUCUCGUAGAACUAGGCCAAGUGGAUAUGGAGGUGAGGCGACUGUUGUGCAGGGAUUGACCCUGAAAGUGCAGAUAGUUGCCAAACGGCGGGCUCUAUAUAAAGACGGGAUCGGAUUGCACAAGCACCACUCACUAUCGAUCGAUCCCCACAGCUGAAGACAUGACUGGAACUAAUUUUGCACUCCUCGGGUUGCUGCUCCUUGCGCUCACAACUCUGACAUUUGCCAGUCCGGCGCGACGACCCCGCCUAGAUGGACGCAUUGUGGGCGGCCUGGAGGCCAACAUCAAGGAUAUACCCUACCAGGUUUCUCUUCAGCGGAGCUACCACUUCUGUGGCGGCAGCCUGAUUGCCCAGGGCUGGGUUCUCACCGCCGCUCACUGCACCCAGGGCUCUGCCAUCGAGUUCUCCCAGGUACGGAUUGGCUCCUCGCGCACUGCUGAUGGCGGCAUCCUGGUGGGCAUCAAGCGCGUUCACAGGCAUCCCAAAUUCGAUGCCUACACCAUCGACUUUGACUUUUCGCUACUGGAGCUGCAGGAGUACAGUGCCGCGAAUGUUACGCAGGCCUUUGUGGGACUGCCCGAGCAGGAUGCCGACAUUGCGGAUGGCACUCCCACUCUGGUGUCGGGGUGGGGCAACACCCAGAAUGCCCUGGAGUCCUCGGCCGUACUGAGGGCAGUCACAGUGCCAAAAGUGAGCCAACUGGAGUGCACGGAUGCGUAUGGAAGCUUUGGUAAAAUCACGGAUCGCAUGCUGUGCGCUGGACUGCCCGAAGGUGGCAAGGAUGCCUGUCAGGGUGACUCUGGUGGUCCGCUGGCCGCCGAUGGAGUAUUGUGGGGCGUAGUUUCCUGGGGUUACGGGUGCGCCAGGCCAAAUUAUCCGGGUGUCUACUCACGUGUGGCGUCAGUAAGGGAUUGGAUCGCCUCGGUCAGUGGUAUUUGAGAAGAAGAUAUAUUUUAAAACUCAUUUAUAAUUA